GAGUGGAAUGGCUUCCAUUUGGGCAUGAGUGUUUACAGCUCCAAGACUGACUGGAAGGAUCGCCUGACCAGGAGCAAGGUCGGUGAGGCGGAGUUUUUGCGCAUCUGCCGGGAGCAGGAAGAGGCCGAGACAAGGAUCGCACGGACCGUCUUCCGGAAGUAUGCGGAGAAGGGUGGAGCAGGGCCACUACGGAGAGAAAAGCUUCAGCUCGCGCUGAAAAUGGUGAAUGUCCGGUACACAUCGUUCUUUACCGACUGGUUGAAGAAGACCACUGAGUUGCCGGGGCAGUUGGAUUUCGAGGAUUUUCGCGACAUCGUCGCAAGCUUCCGGCAGAUGAAUCGGGAUGCCUACCGAGCGCACAGCCGCUUUACACAGAAGGAGGUCAACUCCCUGGACGACUGCUUCCGGAAACUGGGACCCGAUCGCAACGGGAAGCUGCUCCAUGGCAAGGUCGCAGAGCUCUUCGAGUCGCUCUAUCCCGCGCUCAAGUGGGACCCAAAGCUACGGGAGACGAUGCGCAACUCGUUGAAGCUCCAUUCUGCGACAUCGAAGCCCUUGAGCCUUGACGGCUUCUUGGAGGUGCUUCGGACAUUCGAGGACACCUGUGCGAGCGCCUUGGAUGAGGCGGUCGAGCUC